AUCACCAGUUCUAACUUCUAAUGCAUCUGCAAAGGGAAUCUCUCUCUCUUUCUCUUUCUCUUUCUCUCUCUCCUUCUCUCUGUGGUGAUCGAGAACCAUGUCGACAAUAUCUCUGGAGCCUCUUCUGCACCGUUGUCGGAGAGAACACCCCAAGCUCGUCCGGAAUUGCGGGAGAACGAAAGCAUUCUCCCUGAAUUACGCUCCGAGAACGCUCUCCCAUGGCCGGAGCUUCUGCAGAUUCAGACCUCACCGGCCUCUUACCGUCAGAGCGAGCUCCGCAGAUGCAGCUGUGGUGGAGGACUCCCAAUCUGCCGACGUCUUCUUCAAGGAGACGUUUUUGUUUAAGCGAACUGUUGAGAAGGUGGAGGGAAAGAUAUCCAUCAGAUUGGAUAAUGGGAAAGGUGAAGACAAUUGGCAGCUUAGCGUGGGAUGUAAUCUUCGUGGGAAAUGGGUUCUUCACUGGGGGGUAAACUAUGUUAAAGAUGUUGGCAGUGAGUGGGAUCAACCUCCUGUUGAGAUGCGGCCUCCGGGAUCUAUUCCCAUUAAGGAUUAUGCAAUUGAGACACCACUGAAGAAAUCACCAACAGUGGUGGAAGGAGAUUUAUAUUAUGAAGUGAAGAUCAAUUUUAGUACCACUAAUCCUAUUGCAGCAAUAAAUUUUGUUUUGAAGGAUGAGGAAACUGGAUCAUGGUAUCAGCACAAAGGAAGAGAUUUCAAAGUUGCUCUGAUCGACUACCUUCCUGAAGAUGGAAAUUUUGUGGGCGCUAAAAAGAGCUUGGGUUUGUGGCCAGGUCAUUCCAUGUUCUAUAAACAUGAUUACAUCUCAUCAGGGGCUCUUGGCCAGCUAUCUAGCGUGCUCCUCAAAUCUACGGAAGAUAACAGCGCGUCUAGAGAUUCUACUCAGAUGCGUCUUGAAGGGUUCUAUGAGGAACAUCCUAUUGUAAAAGAAGUUCUUACGGGCAACUCAGUAAAUGUCUCUGUCAGAAAAUGUCCAGAUGCAGCCAAGAAUCUUCUGCACAUAGAAACUGAUCUGCCCGGAGAGGUUCUUCUUCACUGGGGUGUUUGCAAAGACAACAGUUACAAGUGGGAGAUUCCAGCUGAGCCAUAUCCUGCCGGAACAAUAGUAUUUAAGAAUAAGGCAUUGCGAACUCUAUUGAAGCAAAAAGAAAAUGGACAUGGCAGUUGGAAUUUAAUUACUUUGGAUGAAGGAUAUGUUGGAUUUCUAUUUGUGCUCAAGAUAAAUGAAAAUACAUGGUUGAAUUGUAAUGGAAAAGACUUUUACAUACCCCUUUUAAGUUCAAGUGGCUUGCCUUUACAAUCUAGUAUUGGGCAAUCUGGAGGUCCUAAAGUGGUAGAGACAAAUCAAGCAGUUCCUCCAGCUGCAGAUACUGAUGAAAUCAUCAAUGACAUAAGAAAUUUGGUGAGUGAUAUUUCCUCUGAAAAGAGUCGAAAAACAAAGACAAAAGAAGCUCAAGAAAGCAUUCUUCAAGAAAUUGAAAAGCUAGCUGCACAAGCCUACAGCAUUUUCAGAAGCUCUAUUCCAACUUUUUCAAAAAAUGUGGUUGUGGAAUUCGAGGAACUAAAACCUCCUGGAAAAGUAAGUUCCGGAACAGGUUCAGGCAGUGAAAUUCUCUGCCAAGGAUUCAACUGGGAGUCUCAUAAAUCUGGAAGAUGGUACAUGGAGCUCCAUGAAAGAGCUGCAGAAAUAUCUUCUCUUGGUUUCACUGUGGUAUGGUUACCACCACCAACAGAAUCUGUGUCACCUGAAGGCUACAUGCCAAAGGAUUUAUAUAACUUGAACUCGAGAUAUGGAAAUAUUGAUGAGCUGAAACUUCUUGUUAAGAGAUUUCAUGAAGUUGGCAUAAGAGUUCUUGGAGAUGCUGUCCUCAAUCAUCGUUGUGCACACCACCAGAAUCAAAAUGGCAUUUGGAACAUUUUUGGUGGCCGUCUAAAUUGGGAUGAUCGUGCAGUUGUUGCAGAUGAUCCACAUUUCCAGGGAAGAGGCAAUAAGAGUAGUGGAGACAAUUUCCAUGCUGCUCCCAAUAUUGAUCAUUCGCAAGAUUUUGUAAGAAAGGAUCUUAAAGAAUGGCUCUGCUGGCUAAGGAAAGAAAUUGGGUAUGAUGGGUGGAGGCUUGAUUUUGUUAGAGGAUUUUGGGGAGGUUAUGUUAAGGAUUACUUGGAUGCAAGUGAGCCCUACUUUGCUGUAGGUGAAUAUUGGGAUUCCCUCAGUUAUACAUAUGGUGAAAUGGAUCACAAUCAAGAUGCUCAUAGGCAAAGAAUCAUUGACUGGAUCAAUGCUACUAAUGGAACUGCUGGUGCAUUUGAUGUCUCAACAAAAGGAAUUCUUCAUUCUGCACUUGGAAGAUGUGAGUAUUGGAGAUUAUCAGAUCAGAAGGGAAAACCUCCAGGUGUUGUUGGGUGGUGGCCUUCUAGGGCUGUUACAUUUAUAGAAAAUCAUGAUACUGGCUCCACUCAGGGUCAUUGGAGAUUUCCUGGUGGCAAGGAGAUGCAAGGAUAUGCAUACAUUCUGACUCAUCCUGGAACACCAGCAGUUUUCUAUGAUCACGUCUUCUCUCACAUGCGAUCUGAAAUUUCAGAACUAAUUGCUUUGAGAAAUCGGAACAAAAUUCACUGUCGGAGCACAGUUCAAAUUACAAAGGCAGAGAGAGAUGUUUAUGCAGCAAUAGUAGAUGAAAAGGUUGCCAUGAAGCUAGGACCAGGUCAUUAUGAGCCGCCAGCCGGGCCCCAAAGCUGGUCUUUGGCCAUAGAAGGAAAAGAUUACAAGGUCUGGGAAGAAGCAUCAUAACGUAUCACAUACAUUAUGUCGAUUGCAUAUAAAUUCAUUCAGCUUAAGAACAUUUAUGCUUUGGAGAUAUAAUGACAUUUCCUGAGGUAAAUGGAAACUUCCUCGGUUGCUUUGACGAUUAUGUUGCAGCUGGUUAACCCGCCAUCUGCUGCUCUACUUGGCUUUCAUAUACGGAAUACUUGAUUCAAGGUGUGGAUGUAUUGGUCUUAAGGAACAAUUAUAUGCUUCCUUCUGCCACAUUGUUACAUUCGAAUACAUGUUGCAAAAGUUAGAACACAAGACAGUAAUCUGUAGUAUUUGCUGUGACCAGAACUCAAGCCAGCAAUGUAUAGUUUUUGUGCUAAGUAAUAGUAUAUAAAAUGAUGCUUAUUGUGUAAAUUGUUGAACAAUCAGGGUGAUCUAUCUCAGAAACCAUUCUUCA